CUUGGUUUCAGUUGACUUACAAGCCAGUGGACGAGCAAGACGUGUCGUGUUUCAACUGAAGCUUCAUCGGUUAUGGCUUCUAUGAUUCUUAUUACACUGCUGUUAGUCAGCGUUUCGGUUCAAGCUAAAGAUUCUGCAGAAACAAAGCUUGAAAAGCUGACUAGCGAGAUCAAAAGUGAGUACGACAGGGAGAGGGAAAUCGAAGAAGAUCGGGAACAUGAGGCCGAGUCCGACGAAGACGACGAAGGAGCAACAGUCGCGGACCAAGUUCAACGACUCAACUCUACUGAGCGAGAUCACCUAGAAAAAGCCUUGAGAAACAUAACAGAAGAGCUUAGAACACUCGAAUAUCUAACCACAGGGAAAGAACCCGACUCUAGCGAUGAAGAGUACCAACACUACGUCAACUCAUCUGGAGGCUUCGAAUCUUUAGAUGAAGUUAAUAGAAGAAGGCUGGAGAUGAAACUAAGCUUAAACAUUUUAACGGCUAUCAAAAUCGUUGAUGAUGAAAUCGUCAACAAAGAACUAGGGUUGUCUAAAGAGAUCAGAAAGAAACGAUCUUUGAAGCGCAAGUCGUUGCUGGCGGCUAUCGACAAAGAGCUGGAGACCGGAAGCAAAAUGUUAGGACUUGACAAAGACACAGAAGAAGAACAGGAGAAGUCUCGCACUAAACGAGGCUUUCUAGAAGAAUUGGCUAGAGAAACCUGCUCUUUCAGCCGAUAUUUUGUACCAUCAAGAUACUCUAAAGCGAAAAACCUCGGUAAAACAAUUCAGGUGGCAGCAGACGGCAAGAUUGGCGUUUUCUUCUCGGCUUCUGCGAGCAUUGCACACACAUACGGACCUAGAGGAGAGUUUGGCUGCGCAGCGACAGCGUGCUCCGGUUGGUCGACAAACAUUGGCUUUUCGGUUGGAACUAUGGAGGGCUAUUAUAACUACUUUAAUGACGUCAAUGGAAGAUCUGUCGCUAAAUUGUGGACGGUGUCAUUCGCUUACUCUUACACAUACGGUAGAAUUGAAAACCUAAAUGGCAGAAAAAUUGGAACUCUGACUAAAGUAGGUUGGGGUUGGAGCCUUAUACCUGUGUCGUAUGCCAAAAUGUACUGCAACUGCAUCAUGACAACACCCGAUUGCUCUCGAUCUACAGUAUCAUAUAAUGAAAGAUAUUAUGCUUCUUGUGGCUGGUUGGGAUGGAGUCGUUGCCGGCGAUACAGGACAGCCUACAGGUACCAUUACUACUGUUAGGCAGUAGAUUUGAGUUCGAGAGAGUUGGAUGAAGAGAGUGACUUGCUGAAGCUUGAGUAGUUAGCAGUCUGACACGCGCUAGUUUGCUGUGACUGGUUGACGUUAGACUAGUUGCUCGGCUGGCUGACGUUGUUGUUGCAAUUGUUGUUUAUUUCUUUUUUUGUUGUUUGCUUGUUAUUGUUGUUAGAGCUAAAGCGAAAUACAUGUUUGGAUUUAGUCCA